AUGGAAGCAGACUAUCGCACUGUGCUGGAUCUAUUAUACUUCUUGUUAACGUUAAUGGUUGUUUGGUUGAUGAGAUUCAGACUCAAGUCAACCUAUAUCAAAGAGUUUGACACAAUGUGGAUAUCCCUUUUGGUCGUGCCUUCUGCAAUUCUAGCAGUUCUAGUGAAUCCACAUAUACCUCAUGCAUGGCUUGUUCGAGUUGUUUUCGCAUUCACUAUGUAUGUCGAAACUAUUUCAGUACUUCCACAAAUUCGUUACAUGCAAAAUGCAAAGAUGGUUGAGCCAUUCACGGGAUAUUAUGUAUUUGCUCUGGGUAUUUCAAGAUUCUUUGCACUGGCUUAUUGGAUUAUUCACGUUUAUGAAACUAGAGGUAGAUAUCUAUUUUUCUUUGGUUUUGGCUAUUUCUGGAUGGUGGUUCUUCAAGUAUUGGAAUUGGUUCAGUCUUUCAUCUUGGCAGAUUUUUGUUACUAUUACGUCAAAAGCUUCAUGCAAGGUCAGCUUUUGAGGAAGAUGCCUGUUUAA